GAUUGGAUAAACCAGGGGGAGUGUUGGGGAAUUCCCCGCAGGGCGGAAGCGCCAGGACCUCAGGCAGAGCUUAGUUAUAGGCGGGCGGCCGCUGGGACCCCUGAGGCGUCGGGGGCUAUGGCGGGGGUCGCGUGCUUGGGGAAAGUUGCGGAGGCCGACGAAUGGUGCGACAGUGGACUGGGCUCUCUGGGUCCGGACGCAGCAGCCCCCGGAGGACCGGGGCUGGGCGCCGAGCUGGGCCCGGGUCUGUCGUGGGCGCCCCUCGUCUUCGGCUACGUCACUGAGGAUGGGGACACGGCAUUGCACUUGGCAGUGAUUCAUCAGCAUGAGCCCUUCCUGGAUUUCCUCCUAGGCUUCGCGGCUGGCACCGAGUACCUGGACUUGCAGAAUGACCUGGGCCAGACAGCCCUUCACCUGGCAGCCAUCCUGGGGGAGGCCUCCACAGUGGAGAAGUUGUACGCGGCGGGUGCCGGGUUGCGUGUGGCGGAGCGCGGGGGCCACACGGCACUGCACCUGGCCUGUCGCAUGAGGGCACACGCCUGCGCCCGUGUGCUACUCCAGCCCCGUCCCCGGUGCGCCAGGGGAGCCCCCAACACCUACCUCGCUCAGGGCCCCGACCGCACCUCUGACGCCGACCGCCUACCUGUCGCCUCGUACCCCGCCGACUCGGAGAAGGAAGAUGACGAGAGCGAGGAGGAUUGGAAGCUGCAGCUGGAGGCUGAAAACUAUGAGGGCCAUACCCCGCUUCACGUGGCCGUCAUCCACAAAGACGCAGAGAUGGUCCGGCUGCUCCGGGAGGCUGGAGCUGACCUCAACAAACCGGAGCCCACGUGCGGCCGGAGCCCCCUGCACUUGGCAGUGGAGGCCCAAGCAGCCGACGUGCUGGAGCUUCUCCUGAGGGCAGGGGCCGACCCUGCCGCCCGCAUGUACGGUGGCCGCACCCCACUGGGUAGUGCCACGCUCCGGCCCAACCCCAUCCUCGCCCGCCUUCUCCGUGCACAUGGAGCCGCUGAGCCCGAGGACGAGGACGACAGACCCGGCCCCUGCAGCAGCAGUAGCGACAGUGACAGCGGGGACGAGGGCGACGAAUACGACGACAUCGUGGUCCACAGUGGCCGCGGCCAAAACCGGCUACCUCCCACCCCAGCCUCGAAACCUCUCCCUGAUGACCCCGUCUGACCUCAUUGUUAAUAGGAUUUCCAAUUUAAUAAAAUCCCAGUUCUGACAACCAGA